GCAUCCAACAUAUUAACCAACACUAGAAAUUAAAAGGAUAUUCGAUAUUAAGAAGUGUGUAGUCAACACUUGCUUUCGAUUUUUACAGUAAACAAAUCUACUGUACCAGCAUAACAAACCUCUUGAACCUGUAACUAGUUAAAAACCGAACAAACUACCACAUCAGCUUUGACCAGAAUAAACCAUUGCUGGUCACUGGUCAAACUGGGAACAUUUUACAGAAGAACUGUGAGUAAACGUUAUGGAAUAGCGUUCAUUCAGUAUAGAAAAGGGUUAAUGAGAAAACCGAAAACCGUGUUUAUGUACAACAGCUUUCAUUCUUCCUCCGUUAGUCACAUGUACUUUGUGUGGCAUCAUUUCCUGUUUGAGAGCAACGCAAGCGUCCCGUGAAACGGGACGGGAACUAUGACAACGACUUGGGACGUGGGCCGGGUCGCAGCUUGCCAGGGUUUGCAUACUGUAGCCCUCCGAACACAAGAACUACAACACGAAAAUGCCACAGAAAGUUCUUAAAUGUAUCGUGGAGCUGGAAAUUCAAGCUAUAACCUGCCCAGGAGUGAUCCUGCACGACAGGGAAGAUGUCUACCUCAGUGUCUGUAUUCUGGGAAAAUACCACAAGAGCAAGUGCCACCGACCAAUCUUUCCUAUUCUAUUCCAUGAGAAAAUGACCUUUGAAAAGAUCUUUGGGGAAGCAGUAGACCCAGGUCAUGUUGCUGAGCUCUUGGAACUUGAUACAGCAACAUUUGAACUGAUCCAGCUUGUUCCACCAGUUGGUGAAACUUUAGCUACGUUUGUGGAAAGCACCCGGGAGUUCCUGUAUCCUGGUCCCAGGCUGACCUCCAGCUACCCCGGCACUGAUCGGGAUGUGCUAAUGAGGCGAUCCAACUCCUUCCCUGGAAUUGCUCCCAAAGUGGAAUUUUCUACAAGUUCUGUAAUAAAGGAAUGUGCUUUAAACAAGGAUGAAGCCCUCUCACAGGUGCACCACUCAAUGCCAGUAAAGCCCCGCUCUGGGAGACAAACCAAGAAAAGUUCUGGUUCGCCCACUGCAGUCCAACAGAACCAAUUGUCCAGAAGCUAUGAAAGGCCAACAGUGUCAUCCCAGUCGCGAUCACCCUCUCCGUACACUAGGAGGCGCAUGUGCGAACUGUCAGAAGAGGCACGACAGAGGCUGGCUCACUUCGGUCUGGGGCCGUACAAGUUCAAGAAGGACACGGACAGCCCCCCUCCCUUUGUCGUGCGGCAUGUUGCCAGUAGACAGCAGGCCUCCAUGGAUGACAGUGCUCUAUCUUUCCAAUCGCCUUUCUCCAAACAAAGCUCGCUGCACCAUUCUCCUGGCUCCAGGGUUUGUGAAGACCCUUCCCUCCUGGGCAGCUACAGACCGAAGACUGUCAGAGUUAUCCGUGAGCCUCGGGAGACAGGUGGUCUUGCUCGCUCCUCAGACUUGUUUGAUGAACGCUUCAUCUCUACGACUGCCAGUAGGCACACUCCGUCUGCCAGGCUGUUAAAAGUCCACUCGGCUCCCUCGUCGGCACAGAAAUGCCCCCAGAGUCCUCUGCUGAACCGCUCUUCCCUUAAAGAAAGAUUCCAAACGGAUCCGUCCACUCCAACAAAUUGGGAGGAGAUCCAUGAAAGGAUUAAAAAGAUUUUAAAGACUCACCGUACCAGGCAGAGAUUAACUUUUGAUGGGGACUCUGGGAGAGACGAGACGCUGUUGAGUAAAGCAGUUUCCUGUAACGACUCCCUGUGCGGCAGCGGGCUGCAGGAGGAGGGGAGCUCUGGGUUCCUCAACAACGCUUCGGUGCAUUUAGAUGCUGGAGAGUAUUGGUCAAACCGGGCUGCUCAGUUCAAAGGGAAACCGCACAGAGCCGUGUUCGAGGAGAGCAUGGACAAGAUUUACAGAAACAUGUACAGGAAGGCCUCAAGCACCUCCUAACAGGUCCUCCGUGGCCGUUGUGUGUUUAAUAAUCUACUUUAGGACCUAAAUGGACACUUGAAUUGUUCAACAACAAUAUUUUGAAAUUGGUUUAAACAUGGAUCUGUACCUGAAUGGCCGGCUUUGUAUUCAAAUCAGAAGUGGGUGUAGUUACUAGCACGUGUUAUAAGUUGUUGAUUAUCCCCACCAGAGAGACCCAGCAGCUAAGACUUUACAGUGAGUACACCAUUUACUUUUGAACAUCAUUGACUCGUGUUAUAUUACGCAAUUAUUUUAAGGGUGCUUCUUUUUUUUAAAAAAAAAAACAAUAUGUAUUCUAAUAAUUAAGUAUUAGCCUGUUACCAAAGAAUUGUCCACAUGUGUAUUUGUGUUACUAUCAUAUCACACUCCAUUUUUAGUACUGUUUUUCAUUGUUUUAAAAAAAAUGGAUAUGAUUAUACAGGAGAGACACAGAAUGUUAAUAAUUAGAUACACCAACAAAUGACUUUUGACUACUUUUGUAACUGAAUUCAAUGUAUUAUACUUUAAAAAAUUGUUAACGCGACUAAUUUUUCAGGCACAAAAUAAAUGCAACUUUGCUGCAGAUAAUUCUAGGUGUUAUAGAGACCAUACUUCUCAUUGGUCAGUUGUUCUAUUAAUUCUUUAAUAAUGAUUGUUUUUAAAAUUAAAGAGUAUAAGGUUUGGCAGACAAGGUGUAUAACUGUGGUUUCUUUAGUAUUGCAAUAAUACACCUUGCUAAAACCAAAAUGUACCUUGUGAAAAUAAACCAGCUACUUCAUUAAAAGAUAAGCCUGGUCAAAUAAGGUACUAUAAAUAGAUCUCACACAAGUUGGAUUUGAAGUGUGGGGUUUGCAUUACCUUCCCGUUCUUAAUCGGAUUGGGAUCAUUUAACUUUUUCCCCAUCUUGCAAAAUCUGAAAUGAUCUUUCUUGACUUGCCCAAUUACAGUUUCUCAUUAACAAAGCAGAACUAAUUGCUGGGAGUGGAGUCAGCACAGUGCCAUAUGUUGUGGGGCUCAGAUUCCUCCCCAGUGGCCAAUGGUGACGAAGCUUUCCUGAUGACUGCAGAAGUAUGCACAUUAACCCUGAUACAGGCUGGAGAGGUGGUCAUCUCUUACACCAGUGUGCAGGCUCAUUCUCUAGCACCUCUGGAGGCCUGGGUUAAUAGCAAAUUAGCCUGAUGGUCUUAACAGAUGCCCGUUAGUCCACAUCACAAAAUGAUCACAGAAUUGAUUCUUACUGUCCAACAUUUCGUGCGUGGUGUUUUACCUUUUACCUGUCCCCAUUAUAGUCCUUAUAUAUCCAGAAACCCAGAUGCACAUUAUCACCACAAGAGGUAAAACAAACAUUUUGCUUCUAAAAAUCUCUAGGGGAAUACAAGUACUUAACAUUGGUUAAGUCUGCAAUACUCAGUACUUAUCAGCAACCUACAACAUAUCAAAAUAAUUCCAGUAAAUCUUAUCUACUUUGUAUUGUACUUUGUAGGUCUUACAUUUUCCUGUAUAAAAGACUGAGGCAAUGUGGAAAUGUGUUUAUGGGUUUUAAUGGUAUUCUUUUGAUGAACAAAAUAUACCGAGCACUCCUUGCUAGAUAUUCAAGUGCUGACCAUGCCCCUGUACAUAAAG